CAAGUUGUCCAGGUCAGGAACGUAGGUGGCCGUUUGCCAUUUGCGUGCUCGGACUUCUGCACCUGAGGUGCACGACCCUCGGAGCAUGGAGGUGGUGGUGGAAAAUGCGAUCAACAUACCAGAUGGGAGCAUCCUGUCCAUCCGAGCGGGCAAUGUACGACGUCAGGGCACGCUUCCUGCAGACAAGCCGGUGCGCUUUGCCCAGACCGGGCCCCUGGACGCUUGCCCCUUCAAGGUGGACCUAUUCGCCCCCCUGGGCAGCUCGCGCCUGGUUUUGAGACCGCAGAGCGGCCGCUACAACGUGAGCUUUGAGAAGGAAGGCAAGCAGAUGGGUAUGGACCUGGUGGUUCGGGAUCUCACGGCCACGGAGGACAAGCCGCAAGCGACGGAGGAAUCGGUGAACGAUACAGAGGCUUACCUGAAGAAGCACGAGCUGCAGCACUUCAUUCAGAAUCUGAUCACCAGCGUCCUGGCUGAGAAGCCCGACGAUCCUUUCGGCUACAUGGCCCACCACCUCAACAACGCCCGCGUCAAGGAGGUGCCACCACCAACGCCCUCAACGGCUGUGAGCCACCAGCGGCGCGCCAUGGUGAAGCAGCAGCCCCCGCGCCUGGUGCCUCGCAAGAAGGGAUUCGAUCAGCCCUCCUUCGUGGUGGAGGACUAUGACGGCAACCUGCUCACCCUCCGGGAGCUGGAGGCCAAAGACAUCCUCUCCCCCGGCUGCGAGCUGCGGCGCCUGAGGAUCCAGAGCCUCUCCCAGGCGUUUCUGCCGAAGAAUGUGAAGUCGCCACUGACUGACAUCGUCAGCCGCUUUGUUUCGAAGGACGCGUAUGCGACCCAGGCCGUUACUUUGGGCAGCACCAAGUGCGUCUAUCAGAUGCCUUUGGCUGGGGCAAGGUCUUCUCUGCAUUUCGCGCCGCAGGACAUGGUCGCGACGGUGGUAACUUGCGGGGGCCUGUGCCCGGGCCUGAACGCGGUGAUUCGCGAGCUGGUGAUGAUGCUGGCACAGUACGGGGUGCACAAGAUCUAUGGCAUCCGUGGAGGCUACAAGGGAGUUGUCAAGCCGGAGAUGUGGAUGGAGCUGACGCCCGACAAUGUGCAGGACAUCAACUCUAUGGGCGGGACCAUUCUGGUCAGCGAUCGGGGCAACCCCACAGAGGAGGAGCAGGUGCAGGUGCUGAUGGACAUGGGGGUGCGCGCGCAUUUCAUCAUCGGCGGGGACGGCACGCACCGGGGCGCCCACGAGUGCGCCGACCUCAUGGUGGAGAAGAACUGGAACUGCUCGGUGGUGGGGAUCCCCAAGACCAUCGACAACGACAUCCCGAUGCUCGACUGCACCUUCGGCUUCGACACGGCGUGUAUGGAAGCAGAGCGCGCCAUCAAGGCCGGAUACGUGGAGGCGACCUGCAACGCCAACUGCGUGGGCUUGGUGAAGCUGAUGGGGCGGCACUCGGGCUUCAUCGCCCUGCACGCGGGCCUGGCGGCGCGCCACGCGGACAUCGUGAUGCUGCCGGAGAUGGAGAUCAGCCUGGAGAAGGUCUUGCGGCACAUUCUGGAGCUGAUGCAGUCCAAGGGCCACUGCCUGGUGGUGGUGGCAGAAGGGUGUGGCGACACCUUGCUGAAGAGCUCUGGGGAGGUCGACGGUGGCGGCAACAAAAAGUUGGCCGACGUGGGGCCAUGGUUUCGCGACAAGAUCGUGGAACGCUUCAAGCAGGUUAAGCUGCCCCUCACAGUGAAAUACAUUGACCCCACCUACAUGAUCCGGGCCAUUCCGCCCAAUGCCAAUGACAGUGUGUACUGCUCCAUGCUGAGCCACAACGCUGUGCAUGCGGCCAUGGCGGGCUACACGGGCAUCACUGUGGGCCAGGUCAAUUCGCGGCAUGUAAUGCUGCCAAUCGCCUGCGUCACCAAGAACCCGCAGAAAAGGUGGACCUAAGCAGCCAGAGGUUCCAGGAGCUCGUGAGCUGCACGCUGCAGCCGGACUUCGCCCCGGACGGCUGGGAGGAGGUGAUCGAGGAGGAGGCGGGGAACCCGCUCUGGCGGAUGUGUGGCGGACCCCGUGGAGUGAUUUGCCAAGGCCCACGGAGCCGGCCUCUGAGGCGUCAUGGCUGGAGCUUGAGCAUCUGGCCUGAAGUACGUGGGAGCGGGGACUUGCCCACCACUUUGAUGGACCAGGUGAAGGGCGGGAAGGUCUUCUUCUUUGGCAAGGACUCCUGGGUGACCCAGACCCUGGGUUUGCCGGGCGUACGGCU